CCUGUCAGCGCGCGAGCGACCGUUGGAGCCGAGUGCAAACCCGCCCGUCCCUGGGGCCGCGCCGUGAGGGGGCGGCGGGGCGGGGCGGGGCGGGGCGCCCGGCGGGGCACCCACCCACCCACCCGCCCGAGGCGGCCCCGCGCGGCCCGGCCCGGCCCGGCCCGGCUCGGCUGCUGCCUCCACAGCGCUCUGCUUCAGCGCCUUCGCCCUCGCGUGCCCUGUAAGCGCGUUCCCCCCUCCGCGACCUGUGUUGCCUGAUCUAACACAAGACGAUGCGUUUUUAUUAAAGUGCGGCGCCCUGUGGUAAAGGGUUAUUUAUUUUUGCAACUGUAAAGGGAAAUCAAGAUCCCCUCUUCAUGUCUCUUGAUCUUCACCAGACUUGAAGAACCUGUCGUUCCUAGAGCUGGAGUCAUCAAUGAAGCCAGGAGCCUGGUCAGGCACGGUGGCCCGACGGCAUCAGCUUACCAAGCUGCUGUUCUCAAUUCCAGAGGUGAAGUUUUCGAACACGAUCUCUCCUUUGCCAGCUGGAAAGAGCAAGAGUGUGGAAAUACACGAUGCCCUCAUCGCUGGUCGUGGUGUGGGACAGACUUCGUUGCUUCGGUGCCACCUCUCGGAUUUCAAAACCUAUGUGGAUCAAGCUUGUAGAGCUGCAGAUGAAUUUGUCAAUAUUUAUUAUGAGACAAUGGAUAAAAGAAGGAGGGCUUUAACAAGACUUUAUUUGGACAAAGCAACAUUAGUUUGGAAUGGCAAUGCAGUGUCCGGGCAAGAAGAACUGAAUAAAUUUUUUGAAAUGUUGCCAUCUACUGAAUUCCAGGUUCAUGUGUUGGAUUGCCAGCCUGUUCACGAGCAAGCUACUCAAGGCCAGACGACAGUCCUCGUGGUGACAAGUGGGACAGUAAAAUUUGACGGUGACAAGCAGCGCUACUUCAAUCAGAACUUCUUGCUGACAGCACAAGCCACACCGACCAACACAGUGUGGAAGAUCGCCAGUGACUGUUUCCGUUUUCAGGACUGGGCCAGUUAGUGGGGCCUGGCUGCAGGAAGUGACCUCUCCUCCCACACGUUGCAGCUGGCGGUGCAGGCGGCCGUUCUCCACGCCUGGGACAUGCUCGCUCUUCGUGUUGCCUCUGUCCUCUGGAAGGUCCAUGGAUGUUUCAGCGUUGUGACCAUAGGUUUAGUAGUAAACAAAUUUAAAAUGUGAGAGGUUGCUUGUGUUAGUUGAACUUAAAAAAAAAUGCUGACGGCAGUGAGGUGUGGUGGAAUCAUUCCUGAAAUGCCUUACAUGCAGCUAUGCUGCCACUUCCAGACUCCUUGUUUGUAAUGAUGAAUGCUGAAACUCUCUAGUUGAACACAAAAUCCUCUUAAUGUACAAUGCUGACCAAAUUGCUUCAACUUUGAAAAGAUCUGAUUUUACAGUAGCAUCUUCUUCCAUCUUUUGAAGAAGGUGUUUGUGGCAUGUAGAUAGAAUUCUCAAAGCUUCCUAGUCUUGAUUAUGAGAGGCUAGGAAGGAUUGGCUGAUUUCUACCGUUUGUGAAAGUAGCAAAUACAGCGCUGGAGCUAAUGUUGGCUUCCCUGAUACAAAAGGACUAAAUCAUCUCAUCAGCUAGCCUUUUGGCUUGAGCUUCUCAGGCUUUGUUUGUAAUUCACUUACACUGAUUGGUGUGUAGGGCAUGCUGAAUGAUUCCAAGCCCCCAUGCCAACAACUCUGUCACGUGCAUGUGAAGGACUUCAAACUGAUUAUUUUUCUUUUGAAGUCUGGCAGUGUAGGAAGUAGGUCAGUUACAUCAUUUGUUUCCUUUAAUUGUUAUUUCUGUUGCUAUGAAGUUUGGGCUAUUUUUCUCAUAUUCAGUCUGCAAGUUUUGAAUCCCUGCUGUCUUUACAGGAAAUACUAGUAGCACUGAAAGUGUGUAUUACUGUGAAGCCUUCAAUUUUUCUUCUCAGUACUGUUAUUCUAAACAGGUGCUUUGAUUAUUUCCGUCUUAGAAGAGUAGCUUUGAACACAAAUGCUUCUUCCUCUCAUGCAGAUUUUUACUGUAGUUUUCAUGUUAUUUUUAAUUAUUAACUUUAAUUAUUGAUUCUGGGACUUUUUAGUGUCUUGCUUUAAAUUUGCGGUUUAAAACUUUCAACUGCUUUAAAACAGUUUUCAAGGCUGCAGGUUAAGACUCCAUCUUAACGUGGGAACUUAAGAAUAUAUCUUAUCUGCAGGUGUGUUUCAAACUGGUAUGUUUCUAUUUUAAGCUGAGUGAAAAAAAAAAAGUUAGCUAUAUACAUGAGUACACUUGCUUGUAAUUGAAAAUACAUGGGGGGAGCAUGUAACUCUGAUUUAAUACAUGUUGCAAUGACAGCAGCAACCUAAAUACAAAAGCAGUUACAACUACAGCUCACUUGCUGUUAUGAUUUAAAUUGGAAAAACUAGGAAGACGAGCAUUAUCUAAAUUGUGUAACACAUCUGUAGCUUGUGAUGUAAUCCCACAAAUAAUGGGAUGUUUAGAUGAAAUGGGUGGGUUUAAUUCCUUUUAAGGCACUCUAGUCUUUACAUCAGUAAGUUACAAUUAGUAACCUGACCUGAUUCAGAAGCUGUUUAUGUUCCGAACUACUGUGUAACUAUUUUUCAGCCUGAACAAUAUGAAUUCCUUCUAAACGAUGCAAGAAGUCCAUAAUUUUUGAAAACUGUAAAUACUGUAAAUACAUUGUUAUAUCUGUAUGUAGUGAAGAAAGGAUCACUAUUUAAUUACUGUUUGUUCUUAACAGAAUAUGUGAGGUUCAUAUAUAUUUGUAUUUCUUCUACAAGUUUGAAAAGAAAACUUUAAUCCUACGUUUGCUGGUUACUGAUAAAGAAUUGUUAAACUGUGACACUGACAUGGUGUGCUUUUCUGUUUUUUUUAUUCGCUGUUGAUUACAAGUAGUGUUACAGAUCUGCUUUGCAUAAACAAAACAUGGUUUUGACUUUUGAAAUGUAGUGAUGGGUCAACUGUAGUGUUUGCUUGUUAAACUUUGAAGGCAGUCACCAGAACACACACUCAUAUCUGUACUUGAUAAGCCUGUCCUGGGAAUAAACACUUAUUGGAUAUUUCUAUUCCAGUUUUAAUUUGUGUAGUAGUUUUUAAGCUUUUUCUAGACAGACUGGGAGAUUUAGAAUAUGUAAGGCAAUGUUUCAAUGAAAAGUUAUUCUCAAUUCUUUUUUAUGCUAUUCAAAUGCUGGCUGCUUUUAAAUCUGACUCCCAUAAUUAAUAUUUUAAAAAAACAACCAAACAAAAAAAGCCACUACUACCUGGAACGUUACUUAGGAAACUUACUAACUGGCCUAGCUGAACAAACCCAGUUUAAACUCUUAAGAAAGAUGUAUCGUUGGAAUUGGACUUGACAGGCAUAUAGGGGUUCUUGGAGGGAAAUCUUUUAGAAAAUAAUUGGUUUGGUCUAGGGAGACGUGCCCAUUAUGUGCUCCCUGUUUCCAUUGUCUUUGAUAAGGAUCACUUGGGAUGAUUCAGUUCUCCCAUGAGUAGCUGUUGCUCUUUAUAACUGAAAAUGCUGUUUUCCAAAAUAUUUUUAUGGAACAUACUAAGUGAUAAUUUAGCUAUUAGAUUAAAUUAGUGAUUUUUCAACUGAGUAAUUAAUGGCAUAAACACAAACAUCUCUUCCAUACUAGCUGGAGGAGUUGGGGAUGCUGCAGCUCUGUGCUGCUUGUUAAAAACUCGUGUGCUAAAGUUCUAGCAGAAAAGAACAUACAUCCAUUCAGUACAAAGCCAUGUGGCUGUUCCUUGUUGCUGACUCUGCUGAAAUAUCCGAAAUUUACAAUGGGCAUCUAUAAAGUAAACAUGUUUAUGCUCCAAACUGCAAACAGGAGUUAAUACUACCUUUUUUUUUUUUUUUUGGCCAUUUGAUACCACAUUACUUAUGUACAACCCAGUCACUGAAACAAAGCCACCUGAAGAGCUAAGCACUUCCACAUACUAAGUUGUGGCUAGAGAAGACUUGCUAGAUCUUUUUAGUAUAUAUUUCCUGUAUUGUCACUAUUUUUUAUGUUGCUUUGUUUUUUUGUCAUACUACAGUUAAAUUGACUUAAGAUGCUUGUGCUGUUUCUUGGAAUGGAGAAAAGUUAUUUGUUCUGAUGGUUUUGAUAUACAUACACUUCCUUAUCCUGAUUGGAGAGAAGCACGUGACCAAGAAAUGCUGUUUGUCAGUAAAGUAACUUUUCACACUUGAAUAUAUUUUAUAAGUUUUUUAAAUUGUUUAAGACCUCUUGUAAGAUGAAUUUAAAAGAAAAAAAAAGGGGCAAACCAAAAACCUACCUGGUGUUCCGCUUUUUUAUUAUCAGAAGUUUUCAUAGUUUGUUCUUAUGGUAUUAAAACUGCAAUAAAUAAUUUGUGGCUUCCUUUUCUUUA